UGCUCAGAAUUAUCACUGGAGAAUUUCAAAACGCGACGACCAAGAUGAUAAACAGAACUUCGUAUCACGUCUCGUGGUCUCGUGAAAUCAUAUAAUUUUCGUUUCUAGAUAUAGUGCCAUUGAGAAGCCCGAGAAUAUUAAUUUAAAAACCAGACCGCUCGACGAUGGAGCUCAAUGAGCUGGAACGAUCUGUGAAACAACUGGGUGUAGUGCUUGACGAGUUUCCGAUCGGUGCGAUAUCACUGGAUGACUUUAAGCCGAUCGAGGAGAAGAUCCGGGAGACCAGGGAGUCACUGAAGCACCUGAACGCCAGGUCGUUGAUGCUUAGAGCAAAAUACAAACAAUACAUUGACACUGAACGCGAAGGAAGUGAGGAUGAUGCUGAAGACGCAUUGUUGAGCGUUGUGAGCGACACUCUCUUAAAUGCCAAGACUGUCAAGUUGUGCCUUCACAGUACCACCAUUCAAUCCAUCCUCAACAAUAAGGAAGGCAAUGCCGAGGAUCAAAAGAAGCUCUAUACUUACAUGAAUAAACUGUUCACUCUCAAUGACAAUGUUAUGGCCAUUCAGAAAGAGAUCGAAAAAGCAUCUCAGGAGCAGUUGGACCUAAAAUUCGAAUGUCAGAAGGCGUUGUUUGAUCAUAAAAAUUUUCUCAAGGAGCAGGAGCGGCUGCAAAGUGAAAGAUUGCAAAAGACUUACCCUGAGAUUGUAGAAAAUAAAGAUAAAAUGGAAAGAACCAUACGGAAAAUUAAUAUAAUGAAGAAACUCAUUAGGAACUUUAUAGCAGUAUCCAGUCACAUGCUAGAGAAGGAGCCUAUACUAGUGGAAAUGUUGGAAAGACACAGGGACUUGUUAAACGUCGAAACAAUAAUGAAAAUGUCACAGAGUAAUGAAGAGAAUACGCAUGACCACAUUUAUCGCUGUGUACACCGCUUUUCGAUCAACGAGCCAAUGGAAUGAAAGACACCGAGAAUAUAUCGGUCCUGGCCCGAUCCUUCUACUCAUCAAUUUACAAAUAUACAAAAAAAAGAAGAAAAGGAAAUGUGUCUUUCGAGCGGAGAUGGUCGUUUUAGAUUACAAGCCUUAAUUCCCAUUUUAAAUGUGUUUGCAACAAUCGUUCUCUCCGUGUAAGGUACGUAUCUAAGGUAAGGUGUGUGGUGUUCUGUAUUUAAGUUAAAUGUUCCAGUGUCCGAACACUAAAAAACUUUUUAUUAAUCUCAAAUACAUGUUUAUUAUAAUAUUGAAAUAUAAUUGUAAUUUUUAAAUAUAUAUUUGCGACUAUAAUUAAAUUUUAAUAUUAUAAUAAAAAAAUUGAGAUUAAUAUGAACUUUUAUGUAUAACCACAUGUUCGGUUAUUAUCCAGGACGUAUACUUUAUGUUGUGUUGGUUUUGUGUGUGUGUGUGUGUGUACUGUUUACAAUUUGAGGAGACCAAGACUUUUGCUCACAACCAUACUUAACCAGCAGUCAGUCGUGUUGUAUUAAAAAUCGUGACUUUGCGCGCGCUCGCGCGCGCGCUUUGAAAAAUCGGCUAAAAAACUACGGGCUAAACGUCCUUGCGCAACAUAGUUGCACAGUGGAAUUUAUUAUAAUUGUGCCAGCACGGAUUCCCCGGUGGCAGGACAGUGAUAUAAAUAUCGGAGACUUUCUCUUUCUCUCUCGCGCUCUCUUUGUCGCGUCUAUGUGGACCUCUUACGCACACAUGCACGCACGCAUGCUGUCUUCAUAUCCGAUCGGGAAUUACAAUUACAUGUGCCGCUCGCUAUUGGAUUUAUCACGCGAACAAAUUCUAUUCGCGAGGACAAUUCGCGACAAUUGCGGUUUAGCGUUUUAUGUACAAGUACGGCAGAUACGACUUGCGCGCUGAAGCUGCAGACCAGCCUUUACCGGGAGGAUACGUCUCGGAGUAACGUUUCUUCUCGUCUUCGUUCUCUUUCCACGCGCGUCGCGAAUAUCAUCCAGCAUCAGGCAUUCGUCGGAUCACUCAUUUCCGCGUCCGCUGAAUAUAAAUGUAAAACGACUGAUUGUUUCGAUCGCCAAUUGCGACGAGCAGUUACAAAAGAAAGGAACGCGAUGCUCUCGGCGUGCGUCGGUACAAGGAAGAUAAUAGGAAAGAGAGAAAGGGAGGGAGAGAGAGAAAGAUGAAGUCCCAUAGAGAGAGUAGCUUAUAAUUCUCUAUGAUUUUUAAGCGUAUCACUUUUCAAGAAGUUUCGACGGAGUGUGAUUCUCUCCCUCUCUUCCAUCUCUCGUUCGCCUUUUUAUCGUACAAGAGUACGCACGGUCGAGUAUACACUACAGUUCGUGUAGCUGCGUAAGUACAUAGGUUUCCUGUUGUCGGAUGCGCUUGACGGAUAUUUAAAGUAUUAAACGUGGAUACAACGUGGUGUACAGGCAUAUUACAUAGUACGUAUGCGCAUAUACUUCUCGGGAGUGGUUACGAAGUCGUCGGUCAGACUAGCGUGUAGGUGUGAACCAUUGAAUGUAACACAAGUUUUUUUCAUACUCGCCAUCUCCGCGCCUCUACUCAUUCGAUGUCACCGUUUACUGUGUUCCUGCAAAAAGACAUAGACCUGAAUUUAACUUUCUUUGGGCAAACAAGUAAUAUUAGUCUAACGGGAAAUUCUCUGGCUGAGAAACUCUGAAAACGGAAUAAAUUUGUAUGUUAAUACUUAGAAACUUCUGUGAAUUUAUUUUAUAUAAAAUAAAUUGUCUUUGUUUUAUAUUUAUCGGUCAAAUAUUUAACUUACUAUUCAAAAUAAAUUGUAUUUUUAUAUAGAUUGUACUUUUAAUGAAAUUCGAGUUUGUCUUAAUGUCAAAAAUAAGUUCGCAAAUCUUAUUUUUUAAAACAAUGAUUCUAAUUUUAAACUCUAAGAAAUGUUAUAAUCUUCUAUGGAAUUUUUGUUCAUGAUUAAAUUUAACAAGAGAUUUUUGUUCAAAGUAUCUUGAAUUUAAAUUUGAAACAAUUAAAACUAAUCAAUAAUAAUCAAAUAUCCUUACUUGCUUAUUUAAUCCAUAUGGCUGUUGAGAUCCUUGUUCGCCGUGAUCUCCGGAUUUUUCGUACGUAUUUUGUCUCUUGGUCGCUUAAAUGUUUCGUUGCGAACCAUUACCAGAAAAUCGCACGUGUCACUUCAUGUAAAUCCCUAGAAAUGCCUCGCGACGAUAAGGCUCUCUUCAUCGCAUCAUGAAAAAUAGUGAGAUUAAAUAUACAGCAAAGUUCGUUACAAAGUGAAUGUUUACGUUAUUGCAUGUAUUCGAUAAUUCGUUCCUUCUGUAUUUAAAUCAAUCUGUCUCGAUAAAGAUCACGUACAUUCGGUUUCAGCUUUUUAUUAUUGAUUCCGACGACAUAGAUUUUCAUUUCAAGAACAUCGAAAUGGAAUCAGGUGCGGACAUACUAUUGAUUCUCUUUUUAAUUCGUUAGUGGUUUUUUAAGAAUAUUCGAAAACGCGCAUAGAUUAAGAAACAAGAGCUGUCCGCGAACAUCGCACUCUCUUCAUAGAGAUAAUUCGUAUCGAAAGAAACGCUUUUCUUUUCUGUUCCUUUUUUAUAAUUUUUUCUUUUUCCCUUUUUUUAAAAUCGAUACACACUGGUGUUGGAACACGAAUCGACUGCAAUGUCAUAUAAUUUCGGCUAUGUCACAUAAUUUUCUCGCAUUUAUGCGUUACUAAAUUUUCAUUAUAUAUGCUAUAGUCUACAGACAGAAAAAAUCUUACUUCAUCGAUAUGUUAUGUAAAAUGUAAUUAUUUCAACUGCUUAUCGUGAUAGAUCACUCUCACAUGAUAAUUUCGUUUUGAAAGACAUGAAACCAAAAACUGAUAUUACUUUGAAAACCGUGUGCGAAUUCCUUGCGCGAUUUACGUCGAGCCGUAUGUAAAAAUUACGGAUGUCAAUUUAUAAACGCGGGCAGAUGGGGAAUUAUCAUAAUCAUAAAUGAUACGCGAAUGAUAUCGUAUGAUUGCGUUGAGAUAUUUCCAAAGAGAUCAUAGAGCUCGAAGAAAUAUUUUUUUACUCACAGCGAAAUAUUCUUUAAUGGCUACGAUCUGCAAUGAUAAGAACUCUCGUGCAUCAAUGAUCUCCGUGUAGAAAAAAUAGGCAGUGUACAUAGAUCAAAGAAAUCAUUUCGACAAUUAACGCAUUGGGAUAGUUGAAACUUUAAUAUACAUAUGAUUCCCUAUGAUAUAUGUAACUUAAAAUUGAAGUUAUAUAUUUAUACGGAAAGGUCUCGUAUAUAUACCACAAAUGCAUCCUAAUAAAUAUUCCAAUGCAUCAUUCCGUGUUAUUUUUUGCACAUUCCUUGGACAGUGAAUUAAAAGAA